AUGGCGGCAUCGUCUCAAAAACAACUCUCAAUGCUCUUCCUAGGAUAUGUCCUUCUCGUGCUUAUUAUGCAAGAAGUGUCUCGUCCUGCUUCAUCCAAAAGCUCUCCUCUAGUGGCCUUCGCUCUUUCAGGUAGCCAAACAAGAGAUGAGGAAGUGGCGGUACUCCUAAAAUGGAACUCUAAGCUCAACAGCGAGAGUCGCUCUAUCUUGUCUUCCUGGAAUGGAAGCGACCCUUGCUCUUGGCGCGGACUCAGUUGCAAUCCUCUUGGGAGCAUCAUCAGUUUGAACCUCUCGAGCUCCGCCAUCCGUGGUACGCUUCACGAUCUUGAUUUCUCCUCAUUGCCCAACUUGGUCACCCUUAAACUUGCCAACAACUCACUCUUUGGGAACAUCCCCUCGAGCCUCGGCAAUCUUUCCAAGCUUGCUUACCUAGACUUGUCUCAAAACCACCUCUCUGGACACGUUCCGACCCAACUCGGAUCGAUGUGGUCUCUAGAAGUUCUGGAAUUUUCGUCGAACAACAUCACUAGUCCAGUCCUCGGCUCUAUAGGAAGUUUGAGUAACUUUACUGGCUUAUACCCUCAGAACAAUAAGAUCUCCGGGUUCAUCCCUCCAGAAGUAGGUAUGCUCAAAUCUCUCAAUUAUCUGUUUCUACAUAAGAACCGCAUCACCGGUCGAAUUCUUUCUUCCAUUGGAAAUAUGAGCAGCUUGAUGAAGUUAUGGCUUUUCGAUAAUGAUCUGGUCGGGUCCAUUCCAAUGGAAAUAGGGAUGUUGGAGUCUCUUAGUGAGCUUGAUUUAUCAGAAAAUUAA